AUUACGCUUAAUUUGUAUUGUUUGCUUAGCGGGGUGUUCUUAGUACAUUUUGUGUACCAUAACCUAUAAAUAGUCUACUAGAUUAAAAACUUUCAACAAAACAUCUGAAGUAUUACCACUGUACUUGCAUUUCAGAUGCUCCAGUCUUUUUGCCACAAUGAUAAGAAAUACCAAGCACGAUCCUUCCAAAACUCUUGAAGACUUGGGUUACGCAUUUAAUGAUGAAGGCAAGUUGAUGAAGUUGGACCCGGAAACUAAAAAAGCAGGGACUGAGCCAUUUAACUUUAUGAUCAGCGAAGAUGAAAACUACAACCAAGAACACUACGAGAUGGUGGGGGAGGCCAUCACGGACCACGUGUACCAGCUGCUGGAGGAGCAGUUACACAUGCACAAGCUGCCGGUCCCCUCCGACUACAGGUUCGAGCACCGCUCCUUCGUGUUCGUGACCAAGGACGUGUUCGUCAACACGGAGAAGCUGCUUGUCUUGGUGCACGGCAGCGGCGUGGUCCGUGCGGGGCAGUGGGCCAGGAGUAUUAUAAUAAAUGACAGUCUGCAAGCGGGUAGCAUGGUGCCUUUCAUAAAGAAAGCACAGGAGCUGGGCUACGCUGUUCUCGUCACAAACACCAAUGACAAUGACAGGUUCCUGAAUGGCAAGCGAAUCGUCAUCAAGGGAAGCAGUUCUCCCAAAGAGCAUUUUGAUUUUGUGUGGAAGAACUACGUGAGAGAUUGCAAGUGUAAGCACGUAGCGAUCCUGGCACACAGCUAUGGUGGACUGCUCAUCGUUGAGAUGGUGGAAAAGUAUUUUUCAGAGUUCAAAGAAAGGGUCUUUGCAAUAGCUUUUACUGAUUCUGUACAUAGCAUUACAGGUCAAAAAGUCAGUAAGAAGGUAUCAGACUUUUUACAGAAGGUGUCCAUUAACUGGGUCGCUAGUGACUUGCCGUUGGACACGGCUGUGAAAACUCCUCACAAUGAAAUAACACGGCUGUCUGCAGGCCACGAGAAACAUGAAAUGACUACUUGGUCCAGCUUCCAUUCUCUCUUCAGAUUCUUUGAGGACAGGUACCAACACAGCAGAGAGAAGCAAGAGCUGUGAAACAUCACGCACACUUUCAACUUUCUCUUUUGCUUUGCAUUUUGAUUCUUAAAUAUAGCUCUUUUCAUAUUGCCAUACCAAAUUAUUUUUUUUUUAUAAUCACAAGUUUGCUGGAACAGAAUGAUGUACAAGAAUAUUUUGUUGCCUUGUUCUACAGAAAUAGAAGUAUUAUAGACGUAGUCAAUUUUUAUUGGAUAGCCAAAGCUACUGAACUGUAUGUACCAUGAAUUUGAAUGGAAAAUGUGUACACAUUUCAGAGACUGUGAUAUUUUUAUUGUGGAUUUUUUAAAUAUUAUUUUUGACCUAUAUUAAGUUUGGUACGUGUUACUUCUCAUCAUUUUUCCAUUUUUUUUUUUUCCAUUGAAUAAUUGUAUAUUUAAGUGAAACUAUUGACUCAGUGGUUAUUAUAUAUGUUUCAGUUAAUGAAAAAAUUAAUUAACUGGUACUUACUUUGUCUGAUUGUUGUAACAAAGUACUUGAACAAGAUAUUUUCAAAAUUGUAAUAAAUUGUUUUUGAUGAGCAGGUUUGAUAUUCAGUGGAGUGACAGCAUUAGAACUGAUCAUAAAAGUUUUAACAUAUCGUGUAGCCACAGGCAAGCAAAGCCGAGGCAAUCCUAGUAUGAAAGAAAAAAAACAUGUAUAUUAUUGCAAUUAGUUUGAAAGGAUUUGGUUUGUUUUUACGUAGUUGAAUGUGAAGAAUGGUGAAAUCUUAUGUAGUGGAUUGGUAGAGCCACAAUUAUAUUAUUUCACUCCAAACUGGUCUCAACAGUCAAUACCGAAUCAAGCCUUUUUAUAGUGCUCAUUGGUUGGUAACAAGGUCACAUGCUUUGGCAAGUUUCAUAUAAUUGGGUAACCACUUCUUGUUUAUAACUGGUUCAUAUUCAUCAUGAGUGUGUCACGAAACUGUAGUCCAUUGUACAUGUACUUCAAGUCUAUUUUGCUAACCAAUGAGUUCUUGAAAUAUUUUGACUAUGUAUUGGUGUCCAAAUCGACUUUGUAGUUAUUAACUUCGUACAAAAUUGUUGCGGUGUUCAUUCUCAGGCUGCUAGUUUGGUAUCCAUUGCACUUUCAGCUCUGACAAAGUUUAGCUUCUAUCACAUUUUAAACAAUUUUAUCCAUACCUUGAUGUUGUUUACAAAGUUUACAAUGGAAUCUUGUUACGAAGUAUGUAAUUCACUUUAAAGUAAUUCUUGCUCUUAGUUAUGUAUACAUUUUUAAUCCCUACUAGAUGCUUUACAUUUGAAAUAAGUUCAGUACAAACAUACCAUUAAUUACUUUUCAUUAUCAGCAAGUACAUACAUAUCAAGAUAUUUUGUAAUGACCAAAGCAUACUUUUUAGUGGGCAGUGCUAUGUACAUACAGUAUUUGAUGGAUUUACCUGACAUACUGUACUUAACUUACUAUUUUUAUCCUAUAUUCCUCAUCAGCAGAAAUAUUAUUAGGUGUAAUCUAAGUGCCUGUCUUGCUCCACAGUUGUGUGUGUUCAGUUUUGUCGAAAUUCAAGCCCUAAAUGAUAAUUUGUUUUCUAAAUGGCUGCUUAUUGAUCUGUCUAAUUUUUGCAUGUGUCUAAUUUUGCCCAUGGUUGAUAUUAUUUCAACCCAAGCAAAAAUUAAACUUAUGGCAGUCCAGACUCACAUAGUUUUAGCCUGUAAUCAUGAUCUUUGUGCAAGCAUCUAGGUAAUUACAUUGCAAAACUGGGAUGCUAUAGUGCCUGUAGCUCAUAUCUUUACAAAAUAUACAUUUAGUUGUUGGUUGAUUUUUAUAGUUAAUAUUUUUUUUAUGACUGAUCACUUUAGUGAUGUGAUGUAUAAAUGUAUAAAUAAUAUAUACAUAUGUAUACACAUAAAAAAUUACUUUGUAAAAGAAGUGGCAGAAGUCAUAAUUAAAAAUGAUCUUCUAGUUUGGAAAGAGAAGUUCUGGAGAAAUGUAGGUAUGUUGUUGAUAUAACUUUAUACUAUCAUUAUUUAAUGAUUGUGUACAAUGACUAUAAUGUACGUACUGUUUUGUACUUAGUUCAAAGCUAUUGUGUUGUGUAUAGGAUUUAAGUUUUUGAAGUGCUAGUAUGCUAUUCUUUAAUGUUCACUUGCAUUUAUUCUGGGCCAUAUUCAAAGUAAUCUGUUUUGUGAAGUAUGUAAAAAAUUAGUGUAACUAAUAUGAAUAUGUAGCAAUUUUUAUUUUCGUUAGUUUGGAUAUUUAAAGUGGCAUUCCAUUUAUUAAUGUCUAAUGAGCAAGAAUAUUGUUAUUCAUUGAAUGCAUACAGUUUUUGAGGAACUAAUGUUUACAUAUCUUAAAAUUUGUCAAGUAAAUUUUAAAAGGUGUUUAUUCAUAAUGUAGUACAUACACAAGCCAUUAAAAUUAAUUAGUGUGAUAAUAGUUGUGAUAAUAUGGAUAUUUAGUGGUUGUAGGCACUUUUUAUUGCGUGUGUUGUUUUUUAUAAUGUAGAAAUUUUAAUGUAGUUUAUGUUGCAAAGCAAUAACAAAACACAGCAAAAAGAAUUAUGUUAGGAGUUGAGAAUUGCAAUAAUGUAAUUUUGAUAAAGUUAUUUUUGUAAUGAGUUAUCAUCCGGAGUUACAGGCUUAGAAGUAAAGACUGAACAAAAUAACAUUUGGAACUGUUGUGGCUAAAACACGCCAAAGUGAAUGUUUCAUGUACAUAUAAUUUGUGUUGAGUACAAAUAUGAAUCACUCCUUUUGUUUUGUGGUGAUAGAAGUUUGUUAGGAUCUAUUUCCUAUUGCAUUUUUAAAAGAAAAUUUUUUUGUACUGAAUAAAAUAUGUGUUACUAGUACACGCACGCACACAGCAAUAAAUCAUGAAGAAACCUGGUUAGACAAAAUUUUGAAGUUAAAAUUUUGUAAAAGGUUGUAUUGCAUCCUAAAAAUAAACCUAACUACUGAAAUGAUACCUAAGUUUAAAACAUGUAAUUCAUUAAGAGAAAUGUAGAAUAUGGAAGACUACCUUUAGUCAUUCAGCCAUAUUUUUGCAUCUCGCUAUGGUAGCAUGUCUAAACCAAGAUUUUCAUUGUGUGGAGUGGAUUUUGUAUUGUUAUUGCAUGGUAAUUGUUUUUAUGCCACAAGAGCCUAUCCACAGCCAAGUGGUCAAACUAUUGUAAGUACACGUACUGUGUGUAAUACAUAUUUGUGGUACAAGAUAUAGAUCUUUUUAUAUUAGGUGCUUGUUAUGUUAGGGUAUAAGGUACAUGCACUUAAAGAUAUCAGUUAAGUGUACAAAUUGAAUUCAGUUAUCCAGCCUGAAAAUAUACAUAAAUUAUAUUUAGUUUAAACAUUUUCACAUUUUAUCUACAAAUUGUUCUGUCAAGAUCUAUUGAGUUCUUCUUGUGAGUGCUAUAGUAAUUAAAAUAAUAUACGCCUAUUGAGGGUUUGUUUUUUUUCUUUAAAAGUUAGUUUUAAAUCAAGAAGAGUAGUGGGUGUUGUGUUUAAAUCUUAAGUGCAAACCUAAUCAUAAUUUUAGUACAUUUACUAUAGUAAACCCUGUAAUUUUUUAAAACAAGAAAUGAUUUAUUUUAAAUUUUAGUAUAAUUUUCUAAAAAAUUUUUUGCCAUUUGCUAAAGUAGUUUUAUUUUGUUAAACUUUUGACUGUUUAUAAAUAUAUUUUGACAUCAAAGAAUAGAUGUUUCAAAGUAUGUAAUGAGAUUGAGCAAUUAUUUUCUGAUGUAUUUUUUCUGGCCUGACCCAGACACUGUUUUAAUCAAUUUUUAGGUUUAAAAUAAAAAAUUCUAAACGUAGGGGUUUUUUUUUUUUUUUUUUUCCAAUUCACAUGUGCAAAAUUUUAAUGUCUGCAUCACCAGCAGGUGAAUUUUAACUGCACAGUUGUAGCACAGACGUUGAAAUCUAGCAAUUGGACUGAAUUUGGUGCAAUGUGGGCACACACCACUACAUAUGUAAUUAGUGAAUUUGGACAGAUAUGUAUUUGUAUGUUUCCAGAGGUAAAUUGUUCCAAGUUUGAAAUAAAUAAAUACAUGGGCUAAUAGCUUUUAGUGGAAUGUAUUUUGCUUUUAUUUUUGUCUUGAGUUGUACAGUGAAAUCAUUUUUUUAAAGAAUAAAGUUUAUUUGUUUAAAAAAA